GCUGUCGUUGAUCUAAAGUCGUUAACAAAUCAUGGAAGUGCUAAACCUACUACCCGUUCUGCUUGCCUUGAGCAUCACCCCAUACGCUCAUUCCGUAAAGCUCUUGUACGCCAACCGACAUGACAUAAGAAUCUUUUCAACGAAUCAAAGUGACCACAAGGAAACUACGAUCGUAGAUACCCUUGAGGAUGCUAUCGCGUUGGAUUUUGAUUAUGCGGAAGGAUUGGUAUUUUGGGCCGACGUUGGUCAGCAGAAAAUCGAACGCGUUCGUAUCACGGGAGAGAAGAGUGGGGGAAUCGAAGAUAUCGUCUCGUUUGGUUUAAAGAAGCCUGAGGGGUUAGCCGUGGACUGGGUGGGAAAAAAGUUGUAUUGGACUGAUUGUAGGGAUUCUGACUGGGAAACAAAUCGGAUCGAAGUUUCAAAUUUCGAUGGAUUGGAUCGCAAAGUUCUUUUUUGGAAAGACUUGGGUUUUCCCAGGGCUAUUGCUGUGGAUCCAUUAAAAGGGUAUAUGUUUUGGACAGACUGGGGAGAGAACCCCAAAAUAGAGCGUGCUGAAAUGGACGGUUCCAAUCGUCAAGUUAUCAUUGGAAAAGACGUUCAUUGGCCCAAUGGAUUAGCAAUAGACUACAAAGCCAAGAAAAUAUACUGGGUGGAUGCAAGGUUGUUUCACAUAGCGGCAGCCAACUAUGAUGGUACAAAACGUGCGAUCAUGUUCAAGUCUUCAACCCAAUGCGCACUGGCCCAUCCAUUUGCCAUGACGCUGUACGAGAACAAAAUUUAUUGGACAGAUUGGACAACCAAAGGGAUACACUGUGCGAACAAGAGCUCUCUCCAGUGUCAAGCAAUCUGGUCCACUGGCCAUUCGCCUAUGGAUAUUCGUACAUACGAACCACAAAGACAGCUGCAAAAGCCAGUAGGACAAAAUCCUUGUAACUCCACCACCAAUGGAGGAUGCAGUCAUCUGUGUUUAUUGAAUGCUCGAGGUUAUUCCUGCGCAUGCCCCACUGGUGUAAAACUGUUGCCAAAUGGCAAAACUUGUGCGAAAGGUCCUGCUAAUUUCCUAUUGUUGGCAAGAAAAGUGGACUUGCGUCGUAUAUCACUCGACACACGUGAUCUAACCCAUGUAGUUUUGCCAGUUUCCGGUGUAAGACACGCUGUGGCCAUUGAUUUCGAUCCAGUGGACAAAUUCGUCUAUUGGAGCGACGAUGAAACAAUUGAAAUAAAGAGAUGCAGAAUGGAUGGAGAAGAUGUUGAAGUGAUAGUAUCAAGCAAACUUGAACAUCCCCAAGAUGUUGCAGUCGAUUGGGUGGCGCGGAACUUGUACUGGACAGACACUGGCACUGAUAGAAUUGAAGUCAGCAGACUAAACGGCUCAGCUAGGAAAGUUCUCAUCGAUGACAAUCUUGAUGAACCAAGAGCAUUAGCAUUGGAUCCAGCUCAUGGAUAUAUUUACUGGACAGACUGGGGAAAAAAGCCAAAGAUUGAACGCGCAGGACUGGAUGGGAGUCAUCGAAUCACUUUGGUUGACUCAUCCAUAGAAUGGCCCAAUGGUAUCACCAUUGAUUACCUUCGAAGUAAAAUCUACUGGGCGGACGCUAAGCUAGACAAGAUAGAGGUCAUGAACUUAGAUGGGAAAAACCGUAAAGUUAUCGUGGACACAGAUGUACCACACGUUUUCGGUCUGACAAUUCUCCAUAAUCGUCUUUACUGGACAGAUUGGAAGAAAAGGUCCAUUGAGAGUGUGAAAAAAAGAAACGGCGGAGGCAGAAGAGUUAUUAGCCACGGUCUGACCGAUUUAAUGGGGCUCAAGGCAGUCAAACUGUCCUUCAGUUAUGGUGCUAAUCCUUGCCAGGUUAAUAAUGGAGGAUGUAGUUAUUUGUGUCUAUUUGGACCCUCAGGAGUGAAAUGUGAAUGUCCAACAGGAAUGGAACUACUUGUUGACAAAAAGAAUUGCAAUCAGAUAGCAGCUGGGUUAUCAGGAAAAUUCUUCCGAAUCGACAGGACUAUUCCUUUGAAAGUCUCGCUCAUUUGCCGGGGAAGAAAGAUGAAAUUGCAUCGCUUACUGAUUGCUCUUUUAUCACUCUGUAUUCCUAUUUCUGCGACUUCUCCAAGGAUUUUAUACGCUAACCGGAGAGACAUACGAAUAGUGCGACCGAGUCCAAAGAACCACAAUGAAACUAUUGUGGUUGCUGGUCUUUUAGAUGCUAUCGCUGUGGAUUUCAGCUACGAAGAUGGAUACAUAUUUUGGACCGAUGUUAGUGUUAAGAAAAUCAAACGAAUUCGCAUGACGGGACGUCCUAACUCAAGAAAAGUUGAGGAUGUCGUAUCGGUUGGUUUGAGAAACCCCGAAGGAUUAGCCGUAGAUUGGGUAGGAAAAAAGUUGUAUUGGACAGAUUGUAGAGCUGAUGACUGGGAAACGAACAGAAUCGAAGUUGCAAAUUUUGAUGGAUCUUAUCGUAAACUUCUUUUCUGGACGGACUUGGCUCUUCCAAGAGCGAUUGCAGUGGAUCCACUUAAAGGGUUUAUGUUUUGGACAGACUGGGGAGAACAACCCAAGAUAGAGCGAGCCGAAAUGGAUGGCUCUAAUCGUCGGAUAAUUGUCAGACAGAACAUUCAUUGGCCCAAUGGGCUAACAAUAGACUACAAUGCGCAGAAAAUUUACUGGACAGAUGCAAAAUUAUUUUACAUCGCAAGAGCUAAGUAUGAUGGUUCAAACCGAGAGAGAAUCUUUAAAACUCCAAAUCAAUGUAUUAUGGCAAAUCAGGCUCAUCCAUUUGCUUUGACAUUAUAUGAAAACAAAAUUUAUUGGACAGAUUGGAAUUCUAAAGGGAUACAUGCUACAAUUAAAAACAAUGGUAUGCGGUGUCAAAUGGUCUGGUCAAGUUCCAAUUCACCCAUGGAUAUACAUGCAUAUGAACCAAAAAGACAGUUGCAGAGGCCAGCAGGUCAAAAUCCCUGCGAGUCAACUCCCAAUGGAGAGUGCAGCCAUCUUUGUUUAUUAAAUACCCAUGGUCGCUCUUGUGCGUGCCCCACUGGCGUAAAGCUUUUGUCUGAUGGGAAAACAUGUGAACAGGGCCCUAUCCAUUUUCUAUUGCUGGCAAGAAAAGGGGACCUGCGGCGAAUAUCACUUGAUACACCUGAUCGUAGAGAUGUGGUUUUACCAGUGUCUAAUAUCAGUCAUGCGGUAGCCAUUGAUUUUGAUCCUGUGGAUAAAUAUGUCUACUGGAGUGAUGAUAAUAGACUUCAAAUAAAUAGAUGCCGGAUGAAUGGAGAAGAUGCUCAGACAGUAGUAGGGAGUGAGCUGCAACAUCCUGAUGGUAUUGCUGUCGACUGGGUGGGGCGGAACUUGUAUUGGACAGACGCAGGCAAUAAUAGAAUUGAAGUUAGCAGACUAAAUGGCUCAACUAGGAAAGUUCUCAUCGAUGACAAUCUUGAUGAACCAAGAGCAAUAGCAUUGGAUCCAACUAGGGGGUACAUGUACUGGACUGAUUGGGGAAAGCACCCAAAGAUCGAGCGAGCAGAGCUGGAUGGGAGUCACAGAGUCAUCUUAGUGAACUCCUCCGUUGCAUGGCCAAACGGCCUUACCAUUGACUAUGUGAGGCAAAAGAUUUACUGUGCUGAUGCUAGGAAUGACAAGAUAGAAGUCAUGAACUAUGACGGGAGUGCUCGCCGUAUUAUUUUAGAUAGAAAACUGCCUCAUGUGUUUGGUUUUACUGUCCUUGGAAAUAAUCUUUAUUGGACGGACUGGCGGAGGAGGUCAAUAGAGAGUGUGAACAAAAGAACUGGCAAAAACAGAAAAGUACUCAUUGACAGCUUUCCUGAUCUUAUGGGACUAAAAGCUGUAAACCUUAACCUCUCUUAUGGUUCCAAUGCUUGUCAAAGAAAUAAUGGAGGCUGUUGUCAUUUGUGUUUAUACACGCCAUCAGGACCCAAAUGUGAAUGCCCAACAGAAAUGGAGCUUCUCGCUGAAAAGAAAAGUUGUAUAAAAACUACAAAGCUGGAUGAUGAAAACAUUAGCGAAAAAAUAUGGACAAAGCAAAACCAAGUGUUCAUUAACCUUCUUGGAUCUUUAGAAGAAACCCACUUUGCUUUAGGUGCGCCCGUAAUUCAGAAUCAUCAUAGCUGUUUCUACAAGCCAAACUAUACGUAUAAGGUGAAGGGAAAGUACACGGCCAUGUAUACAAACAUCUUUAUUAAAAAUAUAUUAAUCUAGGAAAAUUUAAAAGUCACCAGCAAAACUGCUUGACAAUAGAUACUCUAGGUUAAAUGUAAAGCACCAUUUACAAAUUAUGUACAAUAUUUACAAUAAAUAAUUUUGACACUGUUUGAAA